GGUGUCUGUUGAGAUAACAUCAUUAAAUUAAGAAAUGAUACUUGCCAGUGUGCUCUGGCCCUUUAACACCACUGACGUCCUGACUCACUAAAGCACCAUGGAAACGAGAAUAGAACAUAGGAACAGCUGGGAGCACCCAAGACACUGGCAGUUGGAAAAGUGAUGGAGGACAAGUAGGACCUCGGGGGCAAGUAAAAGCAAGAAGCACUUGAAAAAGGAAAGAAAUGUUAAGAUGACCUGGAGGGAAGAAAAAGAGAUUUGGGAGAAGAGCCAUGCCCAAAAGACCAGCAAAAGGACUUUUCCAAUGGAAUCUGUUCUAAUGCCCCAAGUUCCACGUGGCAAUUACUUGCAUCUUCAGGAAGAGAAGCAAAGACUACAGCUCAAGAAAUUCCUUCUUCAUAGGAUGUUUCUUGUGGCCAAGAUAACAGCAAACACAGAAAAAAAAAUUAUUGCUGACUACUAUGAACAAGUGCUUCAGUCAACUUUAAAACUUCACAAAGGAGAAGCAGUGACAGGGUUUUUGCUCAUCUAUCCUACUUCUAUUCUGCAUAUUCUUGAGUCCUCCAGUGAUACGCUUUACCAAAUUCUUUUAGAUCAUCUUGACCAGAGAAAGAAUGAUACAGAAUUUUUUAUCCAAGGAAUGAAAAUUAUAGUUGUGUCCCAUAACAUCCCGACAAGACUCUUCAUGCAAUGGCAUGUAUCAGAAAUAAAAGCUCCAGUCAUGUAUCUCGAUGAUGUCACACAAACACAGUCCCUAGAAGAGGUCAUCACCGAGUUUCUCACCCAGACUCAUAAACUGGCAAUUCACCUUUUAAAGACUGUGAAAGUGAGUGCUAAAGGACCAUGGGAUAACUUGCACCAACUAGCACCUGAAUUGCUCAUCCCAGAACAAAUAAUAAAGUACUUGUGCAAAUCUGAAGAAUUCAUGGAUCCAGAAGCUUUCCUAAACAUGUAUAAUAAACCCAUACAUAUCACUUUGGAUUCUGAGGUGGUAUGGCCUGCUCCUUCCCAUUUCUAGGAUUGAGAGAGAUGUGGUUAAUGUGGUCCAAUCUCUCAAGGAAUUGAUGCUACUUAAAUAAAAAGAAAACACUUCUGAGGGGACUCUUCUCUUGAAAAAAGAAAGGACCAUAUGCCACAAUAUACACAAAGGCAACUAUGACUCAAUGAAUGAAUCCAAGAAUGACCAAGGGGACAGAGUUUUAUUGAAUGCCUCCUGAACCACAGACUCUGCAGUACCCAGGUGCUGUCAUUUAAAUGGCAGUCUCCUGCUGCCAGGAGACUCAAAGAAAGAAAAACAGAUAUGUGAACCAACAAUUUAAAUGCCAUUAUACUGUAAUAAAGGGAUGUGAAAAUCAUCAUGGUGGCACACAGAGAGAAUAAUCAAUUCUCCAAGAAAUGCUUUCACAUCUGAGCCUUGGAAUCUGAAGGUCCUGGAUCCAAGCCCAAGCUCUCUGACACUCAGGAGUUGUGAAAUGGGGAGCUUCAUCUCAUCUGCAAAAUGAAGCCAAUAGUGCCAACAUUUUAAAAUUGUUUUAAACAUUAAAUAAAACAAUGCAUGAAAGGC